UCAGCCUCAGCUUCAGCCCCGCCCCCGGGUCCUCUCAAUGGUUUUCCCGGCGGCCCUUUCGCUAACGGCCACCAAGACUUCCGGAGCGAGGUGACGUCCGAGCGUUCGUUCCUACGUAAACACACAACCGGGGUUGUAGGUUCCAAGUGCAGUGAGUGACCAUUGCUAGGCGGACACAGUUCAGUGAAGAAAGACCCAAGAAUAGAUCCGACUGGCGGGAGGUAGUUAACUGAAAGGAAUCUCUGCCCCACUGCUGCAGCCAAACCAGAUGCCUUCUUCCACUUCACCAGACCAAGGAGAUGACCUGGAGUCCUGUGUUUUAAGAUUUUCAGACUUGGAUUUAAAAGACACAAGUCUUAGCGAUCCCAGUAGCUGUCUCAAAGCAGAGUUAGAUCACAGUACAAAGAAGAAAUACUCCUUUGCAAAGAAAAAGGCAUUUGCUCUUUUCGUCAAAACCAAAGAAGUUCCAGCAUCUCCUUUUGAAUGUAAGGAAAAAUGGUGGAAAUGUUGUCAACAACUAUUCAAGGACCAGAUCAGCAUCCAUAGACAUGUGGCAACACAACAUGCCGAUGAAAUUUGUCACCAAACUGCUUCUGUUUUAAAGCAGCUGGCUGUGACAUUAAGCUCCUCAAAGGGUCUUAAGUCUGCAGACAAAAGGAACCUUCUAAAAGAGUACCUCACUCAUGACCACGAAGUGUCUGCUUGGCUCCCUGAUAUUAGCUGCUUUAGUCCUGAUAAGCUGAUAGGUGGCCAGGGCAUUGACGGAGGGGAGGUGCUACUUUAUUACUGCUACUGUGACCUGCAGGAUCCCCACUGGAUCUGUGCCUGGCAGACAGCUCUGUGUCAGAACCUGCACCUCACAGGCAAGGUUCGAAUCGCUAAAGAAGGAAUCAAUGGGACAGUUGGUGGAAGCAAAUUGGCUACCAGACUCUAUGUGGAAGUCAUGCUUUCCUGCCCAUUGUUUAAGGACUACCUGUGUAAGGAUGAUUUUAAGACCAGCAAAGGAGGAGCUCACUGUUUUCCAGAAUUGCGUGUUGGUGUAUUUGAAGAAAUCGUGCCCAUGGGGAUUAGCCCCAGUAAGAUCUCCUACAAGAAGCCUGGAAUCCAUUUAUCCCCAGGUGAAUUUCAUAAAGAAGUAGAAAACUUUUUAACUCUGGCAAAUCAAGAACAAAGUGAUACUAUCCUACUGGACUGCAGAAAUUUCUAUGAAAGCAAAAUAGGACGGUUCCAGGGCUGCUUAGCCCCAGACAUCAGGAAGUUCAGUUACUUCCCUAGCUAUGUUGACAAAAACCUAGAGCUUUUCAGAGAGAAGAGGGUGCUGAUGUACUGCACUGGGGGCAUUCGUUGUGAGCGGGGUUCAGCCUACCUCAAAGCCAAGGGAGUGUGCAAAGAAGUGUUCCAGCUCAAAGGUGGCAUCCACAAGUACCUGGAAGAGUUUCCUGAUGGUUUUUACAAAGGGAAGUUGUUUGUUUUUGAUGAGCGCUUUGCCCUUUCCUACAACAGUGAUGUAGUGUCAGAAUGUUCAUACUGUGGAGUCCAGUGGGACCAGUAUAAACUCUGUUCAACUCCCAAGUGCCGCCAACUCGUCUUGUCCUGCCCUGCCUGCCGAGGACAGGGGUUCACAGCCUGUUGUGUCACAUGUCAGGACAAAGGGAGCAGGCAGGCUUCAAGCCCAGCGCAGAACAGCUUUAAAGAGGAAUGUGAGUGUACAGCCCGACGGCCACGCAUACCCAGGGAACUUUCACUGCAGGCAUGACUCCUUGUGAACCGAGAGCCAGGACCCGAUGUUGGUGAAGAUGAACAAUUGCUUAUGUGAGCAGCACCUUCAGCAUUUUCCCCAAUCCUUCACAAAGCUAGCUUUGGGGCAUCCAUGUAUAGGAGAAUAUCAAGGCUGCAGCAACAGAGAACUGGAGAACUUCAGUGCUGGCCAAUGCCACCAGGGCCAACUGGUCACCAUAUUGGGCACCUACACUUCACAGGGGGAGGGGAGAGGGAGUUGGGUGCUAUCUGACCACUUACCUGAGAUAUUCUGACUCAGAAGAUACUAAAGUACAGUAAAAUGGUGAGCUGUGGGGGAUCCCAUAGCUGCUGAAGGAUAGAGUCUUGAGCCUGGUGACCAUGUUAUGCCCUUUCUCUGCCAUGUAACAGGUCUGUUGGUAGACACUGCUCUUGUCAUCAAACCUGCCAAUCUUAGUAGCAAAAAUGUGAAAGUUGUGACCCUGGGAGUGGACUUCUCUGAACCAGGCCAUUUAGGCCAUCUGCCACCCAGCCCUGCCACCAUCUUUUCUCUGACAGCCUGAGAGCAUCUAGACCAGGGGUCUAGGGCAUGGCAUUUGGCCCACUUCCUGUUUUUGUAAAUAAAUUUUUACUGGAACACAGCCACAUCCAUUCUAUUCCUUUGCAUAUGAUCUAUGGCUGCUUUUGCACUACAGUAGCAGAGUGGAGUAGCUGCAGCAGAGAUUGUGUGGCCCACAAUGUCUAAACGUUUACCAUCUGGCCUUGUACAGAGAAAGCUUGCCAGCCUCUGAUCUAGACCAACAGCUUAUCUGAUGGAGCAGAUGGCCUUAAGGAUGAGGUCCACCUUUACUGUUUACUGAUUUGUUUUCUCUGAGAGGUCUUUCCCAGUAGUCCCUACUUCUCCCAGCACCCAGACUGUUAACUUUUAGGUAUUCUCUUUGAUAGAUUCAAAUAAGGCUUGAUGACGCUGACAUUUGGGCAGCAGUUUUUAGAUUAGCACAUGGGAUGUAAGAAGACACAUUCUUAGUGAGGUCAUUCAGCACUGUCGUGGCUGCCCAGGCUUUUGGCCAGCACGCUGGGCACUUUUGCCUAAAGGCCAUGUCCGUGUCCCACAAGUUCCAAGAAAUAUAUACACAGCCAUGCACAGACCAACAGAUGUAAUAUUAUGUUGCAGUUUCCAGUGAUGCAAAAUGCAGCUGCAAUUGUGUUUCAAGGAGAAGCCAGUGGGGAUGGCCUUCCCUGCAGAAUGGUGCCGGUCCCGGGCCCCUCCGCAGCCUCGGUCGACCCUCUUCCAUAGUGGUGAGGCCUGGCUCCACCUUGUUACCCUGUACUGUCCAUACCGUUACAGUUCAGUGCACAGGAUUUUCCCUUUCUCAUCAAAAGCCUUUUUGCUCAGUGCUCUGCAGCUUAGUCUCUGCUCAUCAGCUCUUUGGCCUGGUCCUUUAUCAUAAGAUUUAUUGAAUUACACAUGAAAAAAAACUCCCCAAAGCAACAGAAGUACUAGUUUAACUGGCACUGUGGUUAAUUAAAAGGCACAAGGGCGUUAUGGCUUAACAUUUUUGCUGGAUCCCAAGAGAUGCACAUGACAUUAAAAAGGGAUAUAGCAGAAAUACCAAAAUUACAUUUUCAGAGUAAUCAUCUUUGGAUGGUUUGGCCAGGAUUUCCUGAUUUGCUAGUAUCUGGAUUUUCUUCACCACUGUCCUUCAGAGACUUAAUUUACAGGUUUGAGAUCAGUGAUAGCUUGUUUAAUAAUACAUGAUGAGAUAGGUAGUUGAAGUUCAUAAGCUUGGCCAUGCUAACACCAUAAUAGCCACAAUGAACUGUAAGUUUAUCCUUCUAGUGUUUUACGUCACAUAAGCCAUGCUCUAAUUUCUCCUUUUUGCCCAUUGUGCAAUACAGAAAGGUGUUUUCAAGUAUUUGGCUGUAGGUUUUCCCAUCCAUCAUAAGGUUGGCAUUUGGUAAGGAAAGUCUUUUCUGACUCCAGUAUUAAAUUGUAACUAAAUGUCAGACGUUCAUAAAGAACACUCAGGGAAGUGUUUGUUGCCUGGGAUUGGUAAGGAAAGAUGGUUUUCGAAACUUGAAAUUUCACCACUGGCUUUUCCUGUCAUUUCCUUACACCCAGCAAAACAAUCUCCUGUUCUUUGAUUCCUGGCAGAGCUCUGUGGCUUCAGUCUUUUUCUUGAGGGGAAAUAUUGUGUUCCUGAUCCAUUAAGCAACUCGGCAACUUUAAUCUUGAAUUAAAGAAUUUUUUUUUAAAAAA